AUGCAUUCGUUGCCGUGGGUUUUGGCCAGUCUUCACAACGGACUCAUCCAGUUGUGGGACUACAGGGUCUGCACUCUCAUCGACAAGUUUGACGAACACGACGGACCCGUUAGGGGUGUCUUCUUCCACAACCAACAGCCGCUCUUCGUGUCCGGCGGUGACGACUAUAAGAUUAAGGUGUGGAACUAUAAGUCCCGGCGCUGUAUAUUCACUCUCUUGGGUCACUUGGAUUACAUCCGGACGGCGUGUUUCCAUCACGAGUACCCGUGGAUUCUCAGCUGUUCCGACGACCAGACCAUUCGCAUCUGGAACUGGCAGUCGAGGACAUGUAUUUGCGUCCUCACCGGACACAACCAUUACGUGAUGAGCGCUUUGUUUCAUCCGAGCGAUGAUUUGGUGGUAUCGGCCUCUUUGGACCAAACGGUCAGAGUUUGGGACAUCUCUGGUCUACGUAAGAAGAAUGUGUCUCCAGGACCCGGAGGAAUGGAUGAACACAUGCGAAAUCCGGGCCAUACGGAUCUGUUCGGCACUUCGGACGCCAUUGUAAAGCAUGUGUUGGAAGGACACGAUCGGGGCGUCAAUUGGGCCGCAUUUCAUCACUCGAUGCCACUCAUCGUUUCCGGCGCUGACGACCGGAUGAUUAAAUUGUGGCGAAUGAACGACUCGAAGGCCUGGGAAGUGGACACCUGUCGCGGCCAUUACAACAACGUCUCGUGCGCUGUGUUUCACCCGAAACAGGACCUGAUUCUGAGUAACUCAGAGGACAAGAGUAUCCGUGUGUGGGAUCUGACAAAGAGGACGUGUUUGAACACAUUUAGGCGAGAGAACGACCGGUUCUGGAUUAUGGUCGCACACCCGACACAGAAUCUGUUCGCCGCCGGACACGACGGAGGAAUGAUUGUCUUCAAACUGGAGCGCGAAAGACCCGCUUUUGCCAUUCAAAACAAUCUUCUCUAUUACGUUAAGGAGAACUUCUUGCGUCGGCUGGACUUCACGACCGCCAAAGACAUACCGUUAAUGCAGUUACGAAAUCGGGGCCGCAAUCCUGUCUAUUCCAUGUGCUAUAAUAUGGCGGCCAAUGCCGUACUCCUGACCACCAGAACCGCAAACUUGGAGAACAGUAUUUAUGACUUAUAUGUGGUGCCGAAGGACAGCGACGGACACAAUCCAGAGUCACCCGAAUCUAAGCGAGCGUCCGGUUUGACCGCUGUUUGGAUAGCGAGAGACAAGUUUGCAGUCUUAGACCGAACGCACUCUAUUGUGGUGAAGAACCUGAAGAACGAAGUGACCAAAAAGCUGACGACUCCGGCGUGCGAUGAGAUCUUCUACGCGGGCACUCGUAUGCUGUUAUUGCGCGACGUCGAGGGUCUGGUCCUGUUUGACGUACAACAGGGCCGCUCAUUGGCCACCGUUAAGACACCAAAAGUAAAGUUUGUUGUCUGGAACGGAGACAUGACUUAUGUGGCCGUCUUAAGCAAACACCAGAUCACGAUUUGCAACCGACGCAUGGAUAUCAUGUGCACCAUUACGGAGACCACGAAAGUCAAGUCCGGCGCUUGGGAUGACUCCGGAGUUUUUAUUUACACCAUUUCUAAUCACAUUAAGUAUGCGUUAACUAACGGCGACUACGGAAUCAUCCGAACCCUCGAUCUUCCCAUUUAUAUCACACGAAUUCGAAACAAUUCGGUGUAUUGUUUGGACAGAGAGGCCAAACCCAAAGUGAUGACAAUAGAUCCCACCGAAUAUCGUUUCAAAUUGGCUUUAGUUAACCGUAAAUACGAUGAGGUGUUACUUAUGGUGAGAAAUGCCAAACUCGUCGGUCAGUCGAUCAUCGCUUACCUCCAGAAGAAGGGAUAUCCAGAAGUGGCGCUUCAUUUCGUUAAGGAUCAGAAGACUAGAUUCGCGUUGGCCUUAGAGUGCGGUAACAUUGAGAUAGCGUUAGAGGCGGCCCGAAGUCUCGACGACAAGAUCUGUUGGGAGCGUUUGGCCGAUGCGGCGCUUCUUCAGGGCAACCAUCAAGUGGUGGAAAUGGCGUAUCAGAGGACCAAAAACUUUGACAAAUUGUCUUUCCUGUAUGUCGUGACCGGAAAUCUGGAAAAAUUGCGAAAAAUGAUGAAAAUCGCUGAAAUACGUAAAGACACUUCCGGUCAGUUCCAGAUCGCGCUCUUCUUGGGUGACGUUCACGAGAGGAUCAAAAUAUUACGCAAUUGCGGUCAAAACUCUUUGGCCUAUCUCUGCGCCGCCACUCAUGGCGUCUACGACGAGGCGGACGAACUCAAAGAGACCUUUGGUGACAAACCUCUGCCCACUCCCGACCCGAAUGCAAUCCUAUUACAGCCGCCGCCACCGAUCGCUCCGUGCGAAGAGAAUUGGCCACUCCUGACGGUCUCCCGCGGCUUCUUCGAGGGCGCGAUGCAUGCGCUCAAAGGCAAGACUGGAGCUAAUAUCACGUCCGCCACUGAUAUCAUUGCGGACGACGACGAGGUUCAGGGAUGGGGUGAAGACGACGACCUGGACUUAGAUGACGACGGAAUCGAAAACAUUGAUAAAGAAGGCGGUGAAGACGGCGAAGAGGGCGCCGGUUGGGACGUUGAAGACGCUGACAUUGAUUUGCCUGAAUUAGAGUCGGGCGCCGCCGCGGGUGUGGCCGGAGAUGAGAACUAUUUUGUACCGCCGACUAAAGGGGUUCCGCCGACCCGUCAUUGGGUCAAUAAUUCUAAGUUAGCGGUCGAUCACGUGUUGGCCGGUUCUUUCGAGACAGCCCUUCGUUUACUUCACGAUCAGGUCGGUGCCGUUAACUUCGAACCCCUGAAGCCAUUGAUUUUGACGAUAUAUUCGCGAUCGAAGACCGCAUACCAGGGAUUGUCAUAUCUCUCGACAUUGCAUUGCUAUCCACAGCGCAAUUGGCGCGACGCCGGACCCAAAGGCGGUUUGCCUGCCAUUGGGUGCAAACUUUCCGAUUUAAUACAGCGCUUACAGACCUGCUAUCAGUUGACAACUGGCGGUAAAUUUCAAGAAGCGGUCGAAAAGUUUCGGUCACUUCUGUUGAAUGUAUUGUUUUUGGUGGCCGACACCCGACAGGACAUCACCGAAGCGGAACAGUUGUUAGAAAUCUGUCGCGAAUACACAUUAGGCCUGAUGUUGGAGUUGGACCGCAAAGCGAUGGCAAAGGAGACAUUAGAGCAGCAGAAGAGGUCGUGCGAAAUGGCCGCCUAUUUUACUCAUUGCAAACUACAGCCAAUACAUCAAAUGCUUACCUUAAGAACGGUUUUGAAUCUGUUUUUUAAACUCAAGAAUUAUCAAACGGCCGGCGCUUUCGCCCGACGUCUCCUAGAAUUGGGUCCGAAGGCAGACGUGUCCGCACAGACGCGAAAGAUACUGCAGGCGUGCGAUAAGACACCGGUUGACGAACACAAACUCAAUUAUGAUGAACACAAUCCGUUCACCAUUUGUGCCGCCAGUUAUAAACCUAUCUAUCGGGGAAAGCCUGAGGAGAAGUGUCCCUUAUGUCAGGCCUCAUAUCUGCCCCAAUAUAAGGACUCGCUGUGUGUGGUCUGCAAUGUGGCACAAGUAGGCAAAGAUACUAUUGGUCUCAGACUAAGUCCCCUUCAAUUCCGAUAAUCAACUGAUCAAUUGGUUUCUCUAUUUUAUUAUAUUUAUCU